AUGUGUGAUGUUUGUUCGGAGUUUUCACAACUUCUAAUAAAUUGUGAAACUCGUUUGACCGACGAUGAGUCUCAAUACCAAACUAUAAGUCUUUCUGAGUUUGAAACAGUAUUGAAUUACAUAGUUUCGUGGUCUCAGCGGCAAUGCAUGUGCUGUUAUCGCGAUGUAAAAAACUACGAAAGGUUCUAUCUUGUGGUGCAAAGUAUUAUUUGUCUAUCCAUAUAUCAGCUGAAAUUACUCAAAGAUGAAUUAGUUGUUGCUGCAAAAAAUCUAAACAAUGAGUCCGAAUCUAACAAAGACAAAUCCAGUGAAGAAAAGAGUAUAGUUAACAGUGAUGAAAAUAAAGAUGAAUAUCCAAGUUCCUCAAAACAUGAAAGUACAAAAGCACCUGAACCAAGUGCACAAAAUAAAGAUGAUUCACCAACUAGUGAGAAACUAUCCACCCAAGAAGAAUCAGAAGCAUGGACAGAGGAGCAGAGGGAAAAGCUUCUCAAUUUUGUGUCAAAACUGUUUUUACACAACUUUCCCUUGUAUGUAGCUUGCAAACAUUCAACCUUAAAUAGGCUAGAUGACCUCUCUGCCCAAGAAAUAACAAAUCUGAGCUCAUUUUGUGAUCUUCAUGAUACGGAAAUACCACCUUAUCUCUUAAGAAAUGUUAAUUUAUUCUGUAAACUGGGUGGUGUGUUUACUAUGACAGCUGUCUUUGAGCAUGCAACACCAAAGACACUUUCAGUAACUUUGGCACAUGCUAUGGUGGCUGCUGUGGGGAAUUUAAAGCUCUGGUUGAACUUUAGAGCUGUAGGACAACAAUUUAUGCCUCUCAGAAAUAGAAUAAUGAAAUACAUGUGCAGUUUAGAAGAUAAAGAUCUGAGGUUAGCUACAGUCAAAUCUAUGGCAGAUUUUAUGUGGGGUGCAGCAAAAGAGCCAUUAGACACACCAUCUUUAAUAGACGAAGAUGGCUUGGCACUGGCUUUUAAAUACUUCAACAGCAGCACAUUGACUAUGAGACUGGCUGGAAUUGCUCAGAUCAAUGCACAUAUUGCAGCACAUAAUGAAUUGUGCGCUGGAGAGUCAGCGGCGGAUGCAGAGGCAUCGGGGCAGCAAUUGGCUGCUUGGUUAUCAUAUCAUGACAUAAUUGAACACUUGUUUGGGCCUAAUUUACAUGUUGAGGUUAUAAAACAAUCGCACAUGAUCCUCAAGUUUUUGGCCGUGGAAGGUCGAAUCACAUCAGAACAUGUGGAACUCAUAUGGGCUGCGACUCAGCUUAAACACUGUGGUCGUCAGGUUUAUGACCUGCUGCCUGGGUUUAUCAGAGCACUGUCGCCCAAACCGUGCGCCCAUCUGUACAGUUUACUGUGUGCCUUGCCACCGAAGGAACAUACUGAGCAGAGUUUAUAUCUCGCAUCAGCGUUGAUGCGUGCAAUGUGGUCACGCGGUCGAGCAGGUGUAACUGUCAGCAGCCCGGUGGGGGAACCAGCACGUUUGCCACCUCCUGCAUGCAAGCCACAUCGCUCUUCAUCGGAGGCCAGUGUUAGCAUGGACCAGACAAAUUCUGAUGAUGACCCGUGUGAGGAGCUAAGUACAUCAGGCGAGGAAGCUGGUCCCACUCCAAGAAAGCAAAGUAAACACCAAAGAGAGCUUACAGCCGAUCCAGAAUGGCUUCGAGAAGGCGAAGAGCUAAACAAGAAAGAUUGUGCAACAAUGAAGUCAUGUCAGAAACGCAACAAGCGUGCCGGUAGCAGUGGGAGUGCGAGUAGUGGUGCCGAAGAGCUGAUGCGACCGCGUAAGAAGAAACUCUACAAGAAACGUCACAAGCCCGGCAAGACAAGGCAUUUCCCGGCGCAAAUUAAAAGUGCAGAAUUAGCCGAAUCAGUAUCAGAUGUGGAGGAGGAAUCCAGUGGAAGCGAUACUGCCCACUGCCAGUUAAUUUGUGACAAUGUGGAUGCAAGACGCUUAAUGGAGCUACGACUAUUAGAAAGUUACAAGCGGUCUGAAGAAGAAGGCAGCGCUUCCUCCGCUGUAUCGCCCCAUUCACAUCGCUUGCCCGAUCUGGAUGAAGAUGAUUCUGCUUGCGAGGAGGAACUAGCUAGGCUUGCUGCUCAGGCGCAGUGUAUGCCUGAAUAUCAAGUGGGAGGGUUAGUAGCUGGUGCUUUAGGAAUGGGUGGAGUUGUGUCUGGCGGUGCCCUACCUUUCAACGUAGAUGACGUUUGCCGUCCUGGGAAUACGCUCUUGUGGGAUUUGUUACAAGAUGGAGCAAUUGAACAACUCGGAGAAGGACUCGCUUUAGAAGCAGAGAAAGCUCUCUGUGCACUCCUGUGUUUUAGCACAGAUAAGUUUAUCAGAAUCAAGUUUAUCGAAGGAUGUCUUGAUAAUCUAGCUAAUCACAGGUCUGUUGCGGUGUCGCUGCGAUUACUGCCGAAAUUGUUCUCAUCAUUUCAACAACUGCGCGGCAUGGAUAUGCACCAGGUUGUGAUGUGGGCGGAACGCGAACGCGGUAUGAUGCGAUUGUUUCUAGAGGACUUACGCCACUACGUGAAACAGAGAGCUUCCAGUGGCAAUGGACAGUUAACUACGGAAGCACAACAUUACGCGCAUAUAACUGAACUCACUGUGCGCUUACACUUCCUUACUGCUAUCUUUUCGCCAGUUGGGUCGCCGCAUCACUUCCGAUUGACUGUGGAUCAAGUGGAAGAGCUGUGGCAGUGCCUUGUCGUUGACGGCACGAGUGAAUGCGCUGAUUGUCUAUACUCUUGGUUGCUGUCGCACACGAAGUCACCGGACCAACAUGCUCUAGGGUUGGAUGCCUUAAGAUUCCUAUACGUCGAAAAGAUGCCCACUUUAGAUCCUGAGACAAUAAGCAUAAUGGGGCUAAGCCUAUACCAGCAGCUAUGUAAUCUCGCGCGGAUGGCACUCGGCGCGGGAGACACGCACCCCCACCAUCCACACCAUCCCCAUACAUUAGCAAUGGAUCAUCUGUGGAAGAUUGCUCUAAGAGCGAACAGCACAGAUGUCUCGAUGGGUGCAAUCCAGUACUUAAACAGUUACUAUAUGGGACAACAGCUUCAACAAGAAGAUGAUUUUGUAUCGAAGUGCAUGUUUCACCUGUCGUCCGCCGCUGAGAUUCUCAUUUCUAAAAGCCAGGAUGGCGAAGGCACCUCCAACCAGGACGAUAAAUGUGAAAUUAAAGAAGACAAAGUGGCGGAUAAACAGAAUAUAUACGAUCACAUGACCGAGGACGCCGCAUUGCAGUGCAUACAGAGGGCGUUGUUGUUGCUGAAGACGCAUUUGGAUACGUUUAAAAGGAGAUACGCUUAUCAUUUGCGACGCUGGGCGCUAGCCGAGUCGGGCGCUUGGGAGGGCGGAGUCACUGGUGGGGGUAGCGUUCGUGUGACGUUGCAGCCAGCUGGGGCAGGCCCGCGAGCUGUUCUCACAUUGCACCACUCGGAUCUGGUAGCGCAUUUGCGUGCGCAUGUUCAUGUCUGGUGGGAGAAACAGAUACAAGGCGAAGAAGCUGUCACCGCUCUAUCUACAGAUGGUCCUUUGAGGAUGAUAACACAAGGGCAAGAACUUACAAUUGAUUAUGACGAGCGUACCCUAUAUGAUAUGGGAUUCAAAGAUAAUCAGUUGGUAUUCGUAUCUGUGGGCGUUGGUAGUCGUGGCGCAUGGGCGGAAUGGCCAUCUGCUCAACCUGCGCCGGCGCGUGCUAGAUUGCCGACUUACCUUCUUCUAGAUCCUACAUACUUCCACCAGCUAUUUACACUCAUGCAAGCACUCGGGCAAAUGAAGGAACCGGCUCCCAACGGGGAACUCAUGGCUCACACGAAAGCCCAACUGCUGUCGCGGCGAGUGUGGGACAUUCUUCAAGCAGUCCCCCUUAAUCCAACGCUGCUGGAGGCAUUUCAAAAUCCCACAGAGAAUAAAUUACCAGAACUCCUUGAUCCUACGAGUCCACAGAAACUCAUGUACUCCCUGCAUAUUAUAGACAAAUUAAGCUCUAAUAAUGGCAGCCCCAAUGUGAAGGAAACUUCUGGAAUUUUAAAAGCGAUUACCGAAAAGACUGAAGACAAAACGAAUGUAGAUAACUGGAAUGAAUUAUUUAUUAAAAAGGGUGGAUUGCGGUUGCUGUACGAUAUUAUAAUGUCUGGUGUAUUGCAACGCAACGACGACAGCGAAUGGAGGCAAGACUGCUUGGCCUUGCUGCUUCAAUUAUUGUGUCGUAUUGGCACUUUGCCCUGUGCAGAAACUGGACAAACACCUAAGUUACAUCCAGCACUAUUAGCACUAAUGAGCGUAGAAGAGACGACGGACCGGUUAAUAUCGAUACUCUGCGAAGCUGCCUCCGCUAAAGAGCCCAACACCUACAAAACAGGAUUCUGGGGACGAGCACAGGUGGUUCAACAUGCAAUGCGCAUGUGCGUUGUAUGGGCUCGUGGUGGAGGCGAGGCUGCUGCGCUUGCGUGGGCCUUGCGGAAAGCGGCACCACGACUGUUACUCGACGAUGCUGAUCCAGCGGUUCGUCGUGAAGCCGGUAGUGCCCUAUAUCGGUUGUGUGCCGGUGGAGAGGUAGCAGUUCUAGCGCCUCUGCUGCAAUUGCUGCUACAGCAUCUACCGCGUGCUGCUGACAUGCGACCACAUCCUCAACACUAUCAUCAUCACCACGAGGUGGUACAUCAUCACGCGGAAGAGGGAAAAGAACCCUAUGGACCUGCUUGUCGAGACUAUUUCUGGCUUGUUUGUAGAUUAAUAGACGGAUUGCCUGAAGACUUCUUUAAAGAAGGUGCAUUGUCAGAAGACAGUGGAGCACCAGAUUUAAAUGAGCUCUGCGAGCAAAUAAGUUGCUCAUUAGAGAAGAGAGAAAUAAUAGAAAAGCGGUCAGAGCCAUGUACUCCAGACGACGGUCUUUACGGGCAAUUAAGUCUACUUACACACCUUUUAAAACACCCCCUAAACUUCAAAACUUCUGAACAUGGUACUCGGACAUUAGAAAUGAUAUUUGGUUUUCUGUUUGAUGUACCAAAUCCCACGCAACGCAACCUACCAAAGUGCAAAUCCCAGAAGUCACGAGCAGCUGCUUAUGACCUAUUGGUAGAACUAGUCCGUGGUGCUCCUGAUAAUUAUAUGGUGCUUUAUCAGAAACUAAUGGAACAUCAUAAACCAGGACCGUCAGCGUCAUACCCCUGGGAUUAUUGGCCAGCUGAAGAGUCGCGUUCGGAGUGUGGGUACGUUGGCCUCACAAACCUCGGUGCCACGUGCUAUAUGGCAUCCUGCAUGCAGCACUUGUAUAUGAUGCCGCAUGCCCGCGCUGCUAUUCUUCAGGCGGACCCCGCUAAUAGUCGUCACGCAGCGACCCUUCAUGAGAUGCAGCGAAUGUUCGCUUACCUAUUGGAAAGUGAAAGAAAGGCUUACAACCCGCGAAGUUUUUGCAAAGUGUACCAAAUGGACCAUCAGCCCCUGAACACUGGGGAACAGAAAGAUAUGGCGGAGUUCUUUAUCGAUCUCGUAUCGAAACUAGAAGAAAUGACGCCCGAACUAAAGAAGCUAGUUAAAACUUUGUUCUGCGGAGUUUUAAGUAAUAACGUUGUUUCAUUGGACUGUCCACACGUAUCUCGGACACUUGAAGAAUUUUACACAGUUCGCUGUCAAGUGGCGGACAUGCGCAAUUUGCAUCAGAGUCUCGACGAAGUGACUGUCAAGGACACGCUAGAGGGAGACAACUGCUACACAUGCUCGCACUGUUCUAACAAAGUGCGGGCUGAGAAACGAGCGUGCUUCAAGAAACUUCCGCGGAUACUAUGUUUCAACACGAUGAGAUACACAUUCAACAUGCUCACAAUGCUAAAGGAAAAAGUCAACACGCAUUUUUCAUUUCCGAUGCGAUUAGAUAUGUCCGGUUAUGUUGAGAAACAUUUGAUGCCGGCGCAGUAUCAAGAGGAGAAAAGGAAAUCUGCUGAGUUGAGAAAAGAUGGUGAAAAUAGUCCAAAUGUGGAUAGCGAUGAGAGUGUGGAGGAUGAACAUUAUGAGUACGAAUUGAUCGGUGUCACCGUACACACGGGCACCGCGGACGGCGGGCAUUACUACUCGUUCAUACGCGACCGUGAACGAACGCAGCACGAUCGGUGGCUGCUAUUCAACGACGCUGAAGUUAAGCCUUUCGAUCCAGCGCACAUUGCUGCAGAAUGCUUUGGGGGAGAGAUGACGAGCAAAACAUAUGACUCGGUGACAGAUAAAUUCAUGGACUUCUCAUUUGAAAAGACGAACAGCGCCUACAUGUUGUUCUAUGAGCUGAGUCCGCCUCGAAAUCAGCGAGGGUCUGACUCAGGACAGCAGGAAGAACCACAGUCAUCGACAGCCGAGGAGAGUACCAGUUCUUCGCUAGAACGUCGUAAUAGUGAAGUGCCAGAGAUCCAUGUACCGCCUGAACUAUUAAAUUGGAUCUGGGACGACAACAUGCAAUUCUUACACGAUAAGAAUAUUUUUCAACAUUCCUACUUUACGUUUAUGGGUCAAAUGUGUAGUUCCGUGCCACAGUCCUUGUUAACUUUACGACCCGAAGUGACAGAGGUCGCUGCGCGUCUUUCAACCUCGUUCUUUAUUGAAACGUUUAUACACGCUAAAGAAAAGCCAACUAUGGUUUCGUGGGUGGAAUUAGUCACGAAACAGUUCAACGCGUCUGCUGCUGCCUCUGAAUGGUUCUUGGGCCAUAUGGCGGAUGAUACAUGGUGGCCAAUGCAGGUGUUGAUAAAAUGUCCGAAUCAAAUGGUUCGGCAAAUGUUUCAGAGGCUAUGUAUGCACGUCAUACAGAGGCUAAGGUCUAGUCAUUGUGCCUUAUACCUACAGGGUAUGGAGGAAGGCGAGGAUAGUAGUAAAUUGGGUGAAGCGAGCUGUGUUACUAGGUUUAUAAGAAUGUUGUUGUCUUUGAUGGAAACAGGAGCGCGAUCGCAUUUGCGCCACCUGACGGAAUAUUUCAGUUUAUUAUACGAAUUCAGCAAGAUGGGCGAGGAAGAGGGGCGUUUCAUGUUACGUGUCAAUGCAAUAUCCAGUAUGGUCAAUUUUUACCUGGGACAGAAUACUAAUACGGUGGAAUCACCGACAGAAGAAGCGGGCAGUAGUGGAAGCGGAAGUGGUAACAAUGAGUCAGUAGGGGCGGGGGAUAAGUUGCGGCCCGGGGCAUUAGACAAAAUGGUUGCCCUAGUGGCCGGUUUAGUUGAACGUUCUAGAGAUACCAGUGGUCAUCUGGCCCUUGCUGAAAGUGAUGCUAAAGCUUUAUUACACGCAAAGGGGUUUCCGUUUCUCUAUCAACAAACACGAGAUUGCCUGAACCUUCAGCAGACGCGCUCUUUGAUAUUUGCGCUGUGCCGCUGGAACGAACCGCUUGCACAGAAAAUAGUCAACAUGAUCUUUCAAGCGAUAGCUAAACAUUCUGAAAGUUGCGGUCCAUUUUUUAAAUUAAUAACCUUACUCGUGGAAGGGAGUGGCGGGGGGAUCGGGGGGCGGUAA